AUGGCGCAGGUCAACUGGGAGAUGCUGAACGACAUUGAGAACAUCAACGCCGUGGAUGAGAUCUACAAGUACGACGACGGCCAGCAGAAGGACAUUCUGACGGCGAAGCCCUGGGAGAAGGACCCUCACUACUUCAAGGACAUCCGCGUCAGCGCCCUCGCCCUCCUGAAGAUGGUCAUCCACGCCCGCUCCGGCGGCACCAUCGAGAUCAUGGGCCUGCUGCAGGGCAAGGUGGACGCCAACACCAUGAUCGUCAUGGACUCCUUCGCUCUGCCCGUCGAGGGCACCGAGACGCGCGUCAACGCCCAGGCGCAGGCCUACGAGUACAUGGCGCAGUACACCGAGGCGGCCAAGCAGGUCGGCCGCCUGGAGAACGUCAUCGGCUGGUACCACUCCCACCCCGGCUACGGCUGCUGGCUCUCCGGCAUCGACGUCAGCACGCAGAUGCUCAAUCAGCAGUACCAGGAGCCCUUUGUCGCCAUCGUCAUCGACCCCAUCCGCACCAUCAGCGCCGGCAAGGUCUGCCUGGGCGCCUUCCGCACCUACCCCAAGGGCUACAAGCCGCCGGACGAGGGGCCCGAGGAGUACCAGUCCAUUCCGCUGAACAAAAUCGAGGACUUUGGCGUCCACUGCAAGAACUACUACAGCCUGGAGGUGUCCUACUUCAAGUCCGCCCUUGAUAAUCGCCUCCUCGAGUCGCUCUGGGACAAGUACUGGGUGCACACGCUCUGCUCUUCCAGUUUGUUGACGAACAACGACUACACCACCGGACAGAUCAAAGACUUGAGCGACAAGAUUGAGAACUGCGAGUCAAGUGUCAGCCGC